CGCGGCGAUGCGCGUGCGCACCACUGGGCCCGCGCCUACUCCUGAGACUUCGCGAUCCUCCAAGCUCUCGCGAGAGCAGUGUUUGUGUGUUGGGACGUGCGGCAGCCUUCAUUUUCGGUCAUGGCGCUGAAGGUGGCGACGGUUGCCAGCGGCACUGUGAAGGCAGUGCUCAGGCCAGCCCUCCUCUGCCGUUCUUGGGAGGUUCUAGGUGUCCAUGAGGGCCCCCGGAGGAGCUUCUCACAACAAACAAUUCCCCCGUCGGCUCAGUAUGGUGGGCGGCACACGGUGACCAUGAUCCCAGGGGAUGGCAUUGGGCCGGAGCUCAUGUUGCACGUCAAGUCUGUGUUCAGGCAUGCGUGUGUGCCGGUGGACUUUGAAGAGGUGCACGUGAGCUCCAAGGCUGACGAAGAGGACAUCCGCAAUGCCAUCAUGGCCAUCCGUCGGAACCGUGUGGCCCUGAAGGGCAAUAUUGAAACAAACCAUAACCUGCCACCUUCCCACAAAUCCCGAAACAACAUUCUUCGCACCACGCUGGACCUCUAUGCCAAUGUCAUCCACUGUAAGAGCCUGCCCGGAGUGGUGACCCGGCACAGGGAUAUAGAUAUUCUCAUCGUCCGGGAAAAUACUGAGGGCGAGUAUAGCAGCUUGGAGCACGAGAGUGUGGCAGGAGUGGUGGAGAGCCUGAAGAUCAUCACCAAGGCCAAGUCCCUGCGCAUUGCUGAAUACGCCUUCAAAUUGGCCCAGGAAAGCGGGCGCAAGAAAGUGACAGCCGUGCACAAGGCCAACAUCAUGAAACUGGGCGAUGGGCUCUUCCUCCAGUGCUGCAAGGAGGUGGCAGCCCGUUACCCCCAGAUCACCUUUGAGAAUAUGAUUGUGGACAACACCACCAUGCAGCUGGUGUCACGGCCCCAGCAGUUUGAUGUCAUGGUGAUGCCCAAUCUCUAUGGCAACAUCGUCAACAAUGUCUGUGCGGGGCUGGUUGGGGGCCCUGGCCUUGUGGCUGGGGCCAACUACGGCCACGUGUAUGCUGUGUUUGAGACGGCUACAAGGAACACAGGCAAGAGUAUCGCCAAUAAGAACAUUGCCAACCCGACGGCUACGCUGCUGGCAAGUUGCAUGAUGCUCGACCACCUCAAGCUCCACUCCUACGCUGCCUCUAUCCGCAAGGCUGUCUUGGCAUCCAUGGACAAUGAAAAUAUGCACACUCCAGACAUCGGGGGCCAGGGCACAACAUCGGAGGCCAUCCAGGACAUCGUCCGCCGUAUCCGCAUCAUCAACGGCCGAGCCGUGGAGGCCUAAGGCUGCCCUGGGAGUGUUGGCCCCUGCUCGCUCCCAGCACCUCCGCCAAAAUAAAUCAGCUCCUGCCCCAGCCCUCGGCCGUGUGCUUCUGGCACUCCAGGA